CGUCUCUGCCAUCUCUCUCUUCUCCACUCGAGGACCAUGGGGCUCUGCAGCGUGACCAUCCUGCUGGGCACGGCCCUCCUCCUGCUGGCACCCGGCAGCACUCAGGCUCUGAGCAGCUCCCGGUGGAAGGACCUGGCCACGGAGCAGGAUUUGGCAGAGGAAAGCAUCCUGGGCGUAGGAGCACCAGAGGAGGGUGAACCAGGUAUAAAGGUCUUCUCCAGCAGUGCCUGGGCUCAGAGGGGCCCACCCCAAACCCAGGCAGGACCAGAAGAGGCUCGUGACCACCUGUACCACUCCCAAGACGCCGCCGGGGAGGCCAGUGACCGUGUGCCAUUCUGGCUGCUGGCCCCCAAGGUGCAGAAUGGCCCGGAGGAGGAUCGUGACCACCUCUACCACCCCCAGGAUGAUGCCAGGGAGGCCGAUGCCCCUGUGCCAUUCUGGAUGCUGGCCCCAGAGGUACAGAAUGGCCCGGAGGAGGAUCUUGACUACAUCCACCACGGCUGAGUGGAGAUGUGCCCAGGCUGUGAAUUGAGGGGUGGGGGCCACCCCUGGGGUUUCCUGGGGAAAUUUGUCCCUUCCUAAUGAGCCUCGAGCCUCACCAAUAAACCCACUCCCCUCUGCA